GGAAGGCCUUGCUCUUAUUGCCAGCUCUGGUGUCCCUUCCCUCUCCUCGUACCCUGCGGCUCCAGUGCUCCUCCUCUCUUUGCCCACAUUUCUUACAUGUCCCAUUUCUCCUUCUGCUCCAGUGGAGAGCUCUGGAAUGCUGUGAAGACUCCCAGCCCAGGCACACUCCUCUGCGGAUUAUCUCCAUCCCAAGGAAGCUCGUAUCCAAGAGAGUUCCCGGUCUUCCAGCAUGAAUCCUGUUUACAGCCCCGUCCAACCUGGGGCUCCCUACGGAAACCCGAAGAACAUGGCCUACACAGGUUAUCCAACAGGCUAUCCCACUGCUGCCCCAGCCUACAAUCCCAGCAUGUAUCCAACCAGCAGCCCUGGCUACGCCCCAGCCACACUUCUGAUGAAGCAGGCCUGGCCCCAGACCUCCUCGUCCUGUGCCACCGAGGGCACCUUCCACCUCCCUGUGGACACCGGCACGGAGAACAGGACCUACCAGGCUUCUUCUGCAGCAUUCAGGUACACUGCGGGGACUCCCUACAAGGUGCCACCAACCCAGAGUAACAACGCCCCUCCUCCCUACUCGCCGUCUCCGAACCCGUACCAGACCGCGAUGUACCCCAUCAGAAGUGCCUACCCACAGCAGAACCUGUACACCCAGGGAGCUUAUUACACCCAGCCCGUGUACGCGGCCCAGCCUCACGUCAUCCACCACACCACGGUGGUGCAGCCCAACAGCAUCCCCUCGGCCAUCUACCCCGCGCCCGUGGCCGCGCCGCGCACCAACGGCGUGGCCAUGGGCAUGGUGGCUGGCACCACCAUGGCCAUGUCAGCAGGAACCUUGUUGACCACCCCCCAACACACCGCCAUCGGAGCACAUCCAGUGUCCGUGCCAACGUACAGGGCUCAAGGAACCCCCACCUACAGCUACGUACCUCCACACUGGUAAACCACUGGCCAAUCCAUAUCCGGAGUCAAACAUUGUAUGCAACUACACAAGUCUUACAUCGGUGCUGCGGCCGCUGGGCUGCAGCGCCUCGUCUGUUUGCAAGAACAAAAGAAAAAAAAAAAAGUGCAAGGGUCACUUUAUGCAUUCUUUAGUGGUUUUUGUAAAAGCUGCUUUUUCUAAUCUUCUGCCUCUUUUUUUUCCCCCCUUCCUCCCCCUCCCACAUGAAUUGUGUAACACACAUACUGACACUGAGCAAUAGUCGAGUUCUCUCUUCGGUCCUAUCAUUUGAAAGCUCAGAAUCUUCACUUUUCCAGCAUUGCCCAGCUGAGUGGUGCAAAGAUCCCCCCACUUCUUGUUCGUUUGGGUUCUUUCUGUUCUUUUUCUGUUGUCGUUGUUGUUGACAAGAGCCUAGAUUUUUUUUGGCUAGUAAGAGUGGUUGAUGUUCAGGGUACUAUGUGAAAAGCACAGCGCUGGUAGGCAGGCUUAUUCCGAUUUGGUUUGGGUAUUUUUAGUUGAAGAAUAUAAAUUAUUCAAUCUUUCAUAACAUAUUACAAGAAAAUUGGUGUCUUCCAGAUAGCUGUCGUGAUAGAUUAUAAAUGCAUUAUCUGCAGUGGAAUUCUGAACUCAUCCCUUCUUUUUGUAGGAGUAAGAGAAUAUAAAUAUAAUUAGCGACGUAACACACUUGUCUUAGGAAGCACGAGGACUGGUCACCAGCGGGUCUUUGGUCUGCUUUUUCCAACUGGGCACACGGAUCAUGGGUGAUGGGAAGGGAGCAGCAGGAAGAUGCAUGCCCUGGGAGCAUCUGGAACCCCUUGGGAGAACGGGAUGCUCCCCUCAGCCACGUCCUGGGGCAGUGUGGGGGAGAAGGAGGCUCCUUCCUUGCGUGGCUGCUGUUUGCAGGCACAGAUGUGCUGGGCAGCUGCUGAGGCAAGCAAGGAGAUGUCCAAAGGUUGGGCUGGAGAGCUUCUCCACGUCCAAGGAUUGAUCUGGAGAGCUUCUCCAGGUCCAAGGGUUGAUCUGGGGAGCUUCUCUCAAUUUAGGGUUUGGUCUGAAGAGCUCCUCCAGGUUCAGGGUUUGGUGUGAGGAGCUCCUCCAGGUUCAAGGUUUGGUCUGAGGAGCUCCUCCAGGUUCAAGGUUUGGUCUGAGGAGCUCAUCCAGGUUUAGGGUUUGGUCUGAGGAACUUCUCUCAGUUUAGGGUUUGGUCAAGAGCUUCUCCAGCUUUAGGGUUUGGUCUGAGGAGCUCAUCCAGGUUUAGGGUUUGGUCUGAGGAGCUUCUCCAGAGUAUGGUGGUGUGGGAAAAGAGGGCGUCUGGUUGAUGGAGAUGAGUCUUCAAGGCAGGGCGAGGGCAGGAUGGGUGGCUUCAGCUUGCAGCCAUGGUGUUGGCAGGGUAAAACCAAACUGCACUGCCUCCAUGGCAGUUGAGGUGUCCCCCUCCCAUUCUUUGGGUUGCAGCUCCAAGACUUCCAGGAGGAAUGUUCAUCCAAGCACAAAUACCAGCACCAGAGAGAAAGGCCGGGGAGGGGGAGGAUGUCUGGCUGCUCUGCUUGGAGGGGUGGCAGAGGAGGAAGCAAUAGCAAUAAACACGUCGCCUCCUUCACGGGAAGGCACCUGAGAAGAGGUGACAGCAGGGAAGGUGAUCCACAGUUGGCAUGGAGCAGGAUGGGGGACACCAGGCACACAGGGGCUGUGGGCAUCAGGGUCAUUUGGGGGGGCUUGGCUUACCUGGGACGUGGGGACAGGGAGCUGGUGACAUCCCCCCUUGGGGUGUCCAAGUAGAGCAAUAAGUUAUCUUGAGGGCAGCAGAGGCAGUUUGGAUUUGCAGACAAUGCUUGCGGCCAGUUUGUUUUUAAAUCCUUGUCACUAAACCCAGCAUAGAAACAAGGUUUUUGGGACUUUUUUGGGUUGUUUUUUUUUUUUUUUUAAAGACAAAGGCUUGGUUGGGUUUUGUUUUUUGCCUCAAGUGUGCCAAAAGUGUUCCAUGCUCUCGGUGGAGUCUCCCAGCUUGGCUCCUGCUCCUGGAGCUCCUUCCCUUGGGCAUGGGGCAGGUGGGGAGUAACAGGCCUAGGGAUCCCAGGAGGACUUUCCCUCCCACUGGCUGGUCCCAGGAGUUUGUCAGGUUGGGUGUUGGCACUUCUGUUUGGGCGCGAUUUGGUUGAUUCUGCUGGGUUUGAAGGAAAUCUAGAGCAAAGCUCUGGUUGAUCUCCUCAGCCUCGAGAGGAACAAAGUGGGGGAAGACUGUGUGGUGGGGUGGGGAAGGGGCACCCUUGGGCUGCACUUUGGGGUGGUAUUGAGGGAAAGGAGAAGGAAAAAAGAGCAAAGGAGCCAAUCAUCAGUAGGUUCCCUAUUUGGCUUGAUUAGUAAAGAGCAACAGGACCUUGGGAAAUAACACCAACACAUCAUCCUUGCACUGUUUGUAGCACAUUGCAGUUAAACCUGGGCCAAAAAAUCCCCAGAUCCUAAGAAUUGAAGAGUUCUGAGAUCCCUUUUUCCCCUCUCAUGUUUGUGUUACACACCAGGAGCUGUCUGUCAGCAUUGAGCCAGGUCUCCCAACACAAUGGCAGUCUGGUUUGUGGGGUCCCAGUGAGCUUUGGGAUCCCAGCCUGGGCUCUGCAAACAACCUGGACCAGCAGACACCAUCCCACCACUGUCCCAGACACCACUUUAGGAACCACUCCUAAAAUUCUGACCUGGGUGUGGAAAGGAGAUGUUGGGCUUUCUCCUGCAAGGAAAAGAAACAUUAAAGGUGGGGAGAAAGCCCUAGGAGUGGAGCGUGGUGGAUCACCCAGUGUUCCCACUGACACAGGGCAGUUGGGUUUUGAUUCCUUUGCUUGGAUCAAUAGCAGAUCCAGAGCUCCUCAUCCCGUUAUUCCCAGGCAGAAAUACUCAUUAACCAAAGCGUGGAGUGGUGAAAUAUUUGCCACCUGUUGGGCCAGAGGCUUUAGUGAGGACAUUUGGUAACCAGCCUUGAGCCACUGUGAGGAACCAGGGCCACCACACAGUGCCAGGCUUGGGUGGCUCCUUCCCAAGGUGGGGAGAUGCUCCCUGCCCUUCCCUUGGUCCCAAGGCCUUCCUUGGUCAAGUCUUGGCUUAACUGAGGGUCCUGGGCAGGUCACAAUGGAGGACACUGAUGGGGCCACCAGCUUCUCAGAUAUGUCAUUCCAGCAAAGCUUUGCUGAUGUUGGUUAAGGAAAAGGGAUUUCCACAGUGAAGGAUCACACCGGGCAUCAGUGGGAAAGAGCAGGAGGGGUUAAACCAUCCUCAGCAGCCACUGAAGUGUCUGAGAUUAAAAUUCCAGCUAAAGAGGAAGGAAAAAUAACUCUAAACCAUUAACCCAUCCCAGACCUUACCUUUACUUCAAAACACAAUCUGCAAUGCAAGAUUUGGGGGGGGAAAUAGGAUUUUAGUGGUGGUGGUGACCCCCAAAGCCCAGGAGCCCCUUGAAGCCUGAGGCCAUCGUGCCUCCAAGUGGCUGAACCCUCCAGGCAAGGAUUUGCUACUGCAUUUUAUGAAUAAUAAAUCACUCAGUUCAGCAUGGUUUCAGUUUUGGGAUGUAAUUCCCAGGAAAUGUUAUUUAAGGGGUUUGUUUUAAUGAGGGAUGUUCAGAGCAUCAGGUUUUCCUCCAGCCCCCAGCAUCCCACUGAAUCUGGUCCUUCCCAGAGAGACCCCCUGACUCUUUGCCAUCCCCUCUGGGAAUGUGGGGAUGAUGUGGUUCCCAGCUAGAGGGCAUCAAAUGGGAUCCUGGCUUUUCAGCAGGGUGGAAAACAACAUUUGAGGCUUUAUUUUUGGUAAAAUCCAACCAGCCAACAAUAGCAAUAAGAGCUGCUGGAUACCCAUAAAUCCAGGUAUUUUUGAUUUGGGCUUUUUUUUGUUUUUAAUUGCCAAUAUUUUCAGGCCCUCCAGCUGUGGUGACCCUCUGCCCGUCUUCCCUUCACUUUGCUCCCAAGCCAGGAUCAGCCUCCAAAUAUUUUCUCUGCUAUGUGUUAGCAUUCCCUUUGGGGAAAAAAAAAAAAGAAAAUAAAGCCUGUGAGGGAGCUUGGGAGGGAGGAAAUCCUUGGAAAAGGCAUUCCUGUGGCAUGUUGCACCAUGGCACUUGGAGAUUCUCUGGCAAUCAGGUGAAAGAACUUGUGGGAAUGUUUGCAGGGCAGGAAAAGCAGAAUUUGUGGUUUGACAGGAGCGAUUCCCAUUUGGAAACGCUCGACUGUGCUGCUUGUAGGGAAUAAUCUUGAUGCAACAUGGCCACCUGCAGCCUUCCUGCAUCCUCCUGCAAGAGAUGGAAUUUUACAGGGGGAAGAGGGGUUCAGGGUCAGGGGAGGGAGUUGUAGGGAAGCAUUGCAAGGUGCAGGAUCACACCCAAACCCUCCCAUUCCCACAACAUGGCCUCGACCCACACCGGGUUCCCACCCCUCUUUCUAUGUAAUUAAUUUUAAAUUGAUUUCAACCACCAGACCAGCUCAUUUUUAAGUAUUAUUUGACCUCUUAAAUAAAAAUAAAUACCAAAAAAGAAAUUAUUCCUUGAAAGAACAGCAACAAAAAACAAUUUAAACCCAAGAGUAACCACGUCUUCCAAGUCUACAUCUCACAGGUGUGUAGGGAACAUGGCCUUGGACUGAUGCCCUGGAGAGCCCCACAGCCUCAGUUUGUCCAUCUGAAGUGUAAAUUUGGGGUUGUUUUCCCGUUUGUUUUCUGUUCUGGUUUUGGUUCUGAAGAUCAGGUCGUGAUCUCCCUGACAGAUUUCAGCCAAGAGUUUGUAACUGUACGAUAUUUACUGUAAGAUGUAGAACAUUCGAUAACUAUUAAAAUGUUUCCAAAAAAAAUUAAAUAAAUAAAUAAAAGAGCCCGA